AUGCCAGCUGAUCUGAACGGAUAUUGGAAAAUGAUUUCCAGUGAUAACUUCGAGGAGUACCUGAAGGCUCUUGAUGUCAAUGUUGCCAUCAGGAAAAUCGCCACCUUGUUGAAGCCAGACAAGGACAUCUCCCACGAUGGGGACCACAUAGUCAUCAAGACCCUCAGCACCUUCAAAAACUACAACAUGGACUUCCAUGUGGGCAAAGAGUUUGAGGAGGAUCUGUCUGGAGUGGAUGACAGGAAAUGCAUGACCACCAUCACCUGGGAGGGAGACAAACUGGUGUGUGUGCAGAAGGGAGAGAUUGAAGGAAGAGGCUGGACCCACUGGGUGGGUGGAGAUGAGCUUCAUCUGGAGCUGAGAGCUGCAGGAGUUGUUUGCCAGCAGAUUUUCAAGAAGGCCUAAGAUGGCUUUUAUUGAACGAGGCGGUGCCCCCUGCUGACAUCGUCCCUACAGAGAGACGCCAGACACAUCCCACGCCAUUGACAUACCAUCCAACCCCGCUUUGGUCCACCCAUACAUCUCUCCCUAUGUCCGUCUACCCAAUGUGUUUAUUGUUAUAAAUGUAAUUUAUAUUCCACCAAGACUGUUACCGUAGUCUGCAGAAGCCCGUUUAAAUAGGCAGGGCAGUGUGUAUAUCAUGUAACAUCAACAAAUGCAAUACUGUGUAUCUGUCUCAGGGUGGGAGCUCCUUUAAUUAACAAGUUUAGAUGUGUUGGAUGCAUGCAUACCGCUACUGUAGGUGUAGCUGAUCUGAUAGGUGAACCACAUUGAUAACGCAACGCGAUGAAAUGAGCAGUGGGAAGGUAAAGGCUGGCAGUGAAGACAAGAGAGCAGUGAGUUAAUCCCAGUUUAGUCCUCUGAAUGACGAAGCUGAAAAUCUGAGUGUGUUUGAAGGCUUUAAAUUUCGACUGCUGAUGCUUUGUCUCCAGAAUGGAUAUUAGACAUGAUGUGCGUAUUUAUCCCUCCCAGCUCCUUUGGGAAUGUGCCAUUGAUAGU